GUUGGCUCCGCCCCUUCCACUGUGCAGUCUCCCAGCAGCAGUGAGGCGGCGUCUCUGAGAUGGCAUCUCGCAGAACUCAGGGACCUCAUGCAGGAAAGAGAGUAAAGCAAAGAGGCAAGAAGCGCCGUCCGCCCGCUCCGGACUAUUACGUCCAUCACACAGAUAAGGACAUGCUGCUGCUCAUCCCCAGUGAAAUGGAGGAAACCGUCACGGUGGUGAAGAGGGUCUGCACAGCGGAGGACACCAGCCCCCCAGUCACCACAGACAGUGGGUGGGGCAGCCUGAUGCCGCACGAGAUCAUCCACAGGGUCUUUCGGCUGGUGGCAGAUAGUGAGGGGGCCGUGCCCGCCCUCUGCAGGCUGGGGCAGGUCUGUCGUCUCUGGCACCAGGUGGCCUCCAGUCCAGAUCUGUGGCAGCGGGUGUCAGUGAGCCGGUGCUGGAUCAUCCCAAACAAGAAGGAUCCACCCAGAAUCAGGAACAAGGUGAAGAACACCAUAGAGGCGGUAAUCCAGCAGAGAUUCUCUCAGGUCUGUCACUUCACCCUGCAGCACUGGACUUAUCACAGUUCUGUAGUGCUUCAGAGUCUAUCCUCCUCCUGCCCUCUUCUGACCUCUCUGACGCUGUCACACUGCAGUAACGUGACAGUGGACGGUCUGGUGUCGGUGGGGGAGCGCUGCCCCCAUCUGACCUCCCUCAACCUGCAGGACUCCCAGGUGGACAAUCAUGCCGUGGCUCGCUUUCUGGGAGUGCGUGGCGCCACCCUCCGCUGCUUGUAUCUGCCCUUCAGCUGCCAAACCAAUAACCUCCUAAACCUGCUGGCGAGCGGCUCCUGCCCUGAGCUGCGCCUCCUGGAGGUGAACAGAGGGAUGAAGGACAUGAUGUCGGAGGUGCAUGUCUAUGCUGAGGGGCUCCAGGCAUCAUGUCCAAAGCUGGAGGUCCUGCGGCUGCUGAAUUUUAUCUUCUCUCUGAAGUCCAGGCCGUCUUCAUCUGUAAAGGGUCCUGGGUUCAGCCAUCUUCAGGAGAUAUGUCUGGCCACCUCCACCUACUCCAUCAUCAGUGACAGCAUCUGCAGCACACUGCUCAGAGACUGCACCAAGCUGAGGGUGCUGGACCUGCGCGGCUGCUACCGAGUCUCCCCAGAAAGCAUCUGUGAGCUACCGUGUACAGAUCUCCAGCACCUUUACCUGGGUAUGUACCUGUCCACUGUGAACCGCAUACUGCCCUCUGCUGGCUGCAGCUUACUGACCAGACGAUGGCGCCACAGUCUGCAGGAACUGGAUCUGACCGGGCUAAACUUCAGUGACAGUGACCUGAGCCAAGCCUUGGGAAUCCUCUCGGAAGGUGGAGUCAAUAACCUGCUGCAGUCUCUCAACCUCACUGGAACUAAAGUCCCGGCCACUGCCGUCAGAGAUGUGCUGUCCAGCUGCCAGGCGCUCACACACCUGGACCUCACCUCAUGUCGGAACAUGCCCCGGGGCAUGAGGAGCGUUUACCGAGGCCGUGAGGACAUCCUCCAGUGUCUGAAGACAUUAUGCACCAGAAUGCAGGAGACUGGGGUAUAACUCGCCGCCUCAGGGGGCGCCACUGUCUUGCACGUGCGUCGGCUCGUCUAGUUUCUACUGGUACUUGCCGCAGAGCGCUCCUGCCACAGUGAGUGAGAUCCGAGAUGACUCCAACCCUCAGAUGCUGCGACACUAUGACAUUUGAAUGGUGAGAUAACCGUAGACGGAUCACCCGGUGCUGAGGGCCUAGCAGUGUCUCCCAGGUCUACCAGUGUAGAGCACCUAUCAGGCCCUGUAAUAUACCAGCGAUCAAACACCUGUUCAGUUCUAAAGAAAAAAAUCUAAAAAGGUUUCCAAAUAUAAAAAAAAAUCACCUUUUUUCCUUUAUUAAGACCUAGCUGCCUCCAUAACUACCCAACCUAUAAAAACCUACAAAACAAUGGCAAAAUUGCUGUUUUUUUUUUGUUUUUUUUCUUUCCUCCACCUGCCCCGCAGGAAAGAAGAAUUAAAGUUCACCAAAACAUUUUGUGUUCCCAAAAAUGUGUGCUCUGUGCAGCGCUGCCGUCUGUUUGCAGCACCCUCUGGAGCAGAAGCGUGGCAUCCUGUCUGCAUGCUCGUCACUGCUGCAGCGAUCUGUACCUGUGCGGGUGAUGUUACCCCUGCCUGCCCGUGUGAAAAAAGGGUCCUCGGGAACCUCUUUUAGGGGUUAAGCCACAUCGUUUUGUAAUUACAUUUCUACGUAAUAAAUUUACUGCAGUUUUGUUACAUUGUCUCAGAUUUUAUUGUUUCGUUUUUGCCACAUAGCAUGAGAUUUAUCACGACUAACGUUCCCAUACACAAGCUGCUCCACCCCUGUCUGAUUCAUGCAAGUGGGCACUCAAGCUCUUCAUGAUGAAAGUCUUUCUCUGGACUGUCACAUUUUUUGGUCGCUUUAGCUACCAAUUCUGAAUUUUGUUUAUGUAGCUUGUGAAAUUCGCAGAGAAGUUAAGAAAGCUGGAGCAGGAGAUGGAGGACAUCAUCAGCAGGCACUCUGGAGUGGUGAGAUGUAGAAGUAGAGACAGCUGGAGCAGGAGAUGGAAGACAUCAGCAGCCGGCACUCUGGAGUGGUGAGAUGUAGAAGUAGAGACAGCUGGAGCAGGAGAUGGAAGACAUCGCCAGCCGGCACUCUGGAGUGGUGAGAUGUAGAAGUAAAGACAACUGGAGCAAGAGAUGGAGGACAUCAGCAGCCGGCACUCUGGAGUGGUGAGAUGUAGAAGUAGAGACAGCUGGAGCAGGAGAUGGAAGACAUCAGCAGCCGGCACUCUGGAGUGGUGAGAUGUAGAAGUAGAGACAGCUGGAGCAGGAGAUGGAGGACAUCAUCAGCAGGCACUCUGGAGUGGUGAGAUGUAGAAGUAGAGACAGCUGGAGCAGGAGAUGAUAGACAUCAGCAGCAGGCAC